GAAUAAAGUGACACAAAGCCCAAAAGACAAGCCACGUCUCUCUUUCUUUCUCUCUCUCUCUCUCUCUCGUCUUGCUCACGCACACUCACUGAAACAUGCAGAGACAGUCCCUGGGCUCCCCGGCCUCCAAGCUCCACGGCCAUGGCGCUUCCUCCUCCGCCCUGUCUUCGGCCAAGGACGACGCCCUCGUCGUGGACGACUCCUCCUCCUCCUCCUCCGCCUCCAAGCGGAGAGACUCCUUCCUCUCGUCCGCUUCCCUCCUCCUCCCUCACUACGAUGACGACAAGUCCUCCAGGCCUCACCGGCUGUCCCUCGCGGCGGCGUCGUCGUCUUCCUCGUCGUCUUCCUCUUCUGCUUCCGCACUGUCGCCUCGUAAGCCGGAGAAGCUCAUCCACCUCAUCCCUCUCCUCACUCUCUUCUGCUUCCUCGUCCUCUACCUCUGCUCCCACAGUCCCUCUCAGACCGAUCUGGCUCAGUUCAGCGGGUUCAAGCGACCGGCGAAGCAAAUAGUCGCUACCGACAUUGACGAGAUCAGCCGGUUCAGCGAGGUCCGCAGGGGCGACGCGCUGGCGAUUCGGAGCCGGAGGAGCUUGCGAGAGGUCGGGAGGCGAUCGCAGCCGCAGAGAUCUCGCGCCGUUCACCGGAAAUUCGCCGAUUUCUAGAGGUCCCCCCCCCCUCCCCUCCCAGCACCGCCGCCGUUCUCCUCCUCCGGUUCCGUUCUCGGCUUCAUCCAUCCAUCCAUCCAUCAUCAUUAUCUAUUUUUUCCAUGUUUAUACGACAAAUCUGGCAGUGAUUAUUCUAUAUGUUUUUGUUCGUAACGCCAUAGUUUGAUUGCCUUCCAUUUUUGUACAUUGAAGUUUCCAUUUCCGAUGAUGCUUAUCGGCUACCGCCUUCCCUCAUUGAGUUCUCUGAA